AUGGAAACGGAGUGUCGAUAUGAUCAGCCUUCCCGCCGGCCUGCUGCUGCUGUAACUGGUCCUGGAACAGGUGAUACCCAUGAGGCAAACGCAGCGCUGGAACGGCGACUGCUUGCGGUAGAACAGAGGCUUCACGUACUAGACCCAGUUAAUGGAUCGCCAGACGUGAACUCAGCUACCGUAAACGAGCAGCCGAAAGGCCUUGGUGGACGGAAAACCACCCCAGUUCAAGACGAUGGAGUGGACGGAAUGGGUGCGGUGCCGCUCAAGGACGGGGCAGAAGAAGACGAGUAUUUCGGCAUGUCAUCCAAUGUGGCCUUCUUGCGCUUCAUCGUGGAUUCAGUGGGUCGUCCGGUAAAUUCUGUACUCGGUCCUUCAAGUUCGGAGUCGGCGCAUUUUGAAAAUGAAAGUAUAUGUGGAUAUUUUGCAAGACCUACCAGUUUCACCGGUUAUGAAAGCCAGCGGGGAAGUCCAAAAAGGCCAGUUGCGCUCCCUCAACGAGAGGAAACAGAUUCGUUGUUGCGUUUAUACUUCAGUACAGUCAACUUGAUGAUCCCAGGCGUGCACGAGGACUCAUUUCGAACUACGUAUGCCAAAAUGCAGAGAAAUGGACUCUCAGGUAUACGGAAAUCUUGGCUGGGCGUACUCAAUGUAAUACUUGCCAUUGCCACAAAUGUCCUCGCGGCAACGUCGCCCACUCGUGAACAGGCGACAAAGUCGAAAAUGUACUUUGAACAAGCGCUCGAGUUGAUAAAAGCAGACAUGCUUGGCCGGCUCUCCCUGGAAAUGGUGCAGCUAUUCCUCCUGAUGGAGGCGUAUCUGGAGGGAACCACAUCCUCUUCUAUGACAUGGACGUUCCAUGGACUGGCAGUCAAAGGAUCAUACCAACUGGGGCUGCAUAUAAUGGGAUCGAGGAACGUGUCACACAUUGACCAAGAAGUGCGAAGGAGACUAUGGUACUGGUGUGUUAUGAAUGAUCGUUUACUGAGCGUCAGAUACGGGCGUCCCCCUCUGAUCCCCCUCUCCCAUGUACGGCUCGAGCCCAGCUUGCAUUUGCCGUUCAGCAACGUUCCCAGUGCCACCACAGCAUCUAGCCUAGCAUUCUUCGAUGCCAUCAUGAAUAUAACCCAUAUUAUGGGCGAGGCACUCGAUCAGCUCUACGGCCAAAACCUGGGGUUCUCCACUUCGCCCCAAACAAGCGAGGUCCUCGAUCACAUCUCUCGGCUAUGCUGGAAAUUGGCCCAGUGGCAGGAUAACAUCCCUCUCGAUCUCAGGAUCAUCGACCCUGACAAGGAGACGCUCGAUGAUGUUCCUCUCACAGCUGGCACCACUAGGCUCCGGGUCCUGCUCUCGCUCCGCUACUUGGGGACGAGGGUGCUGAUUCUGAGACCCGUUCUGGGCCAGUUCCUAGCCCUGCGUCAGGGCGUAGCAGCCUCUAAUAAACACCAGGCGGAGUGGCUUUGGAGCUCCGGCGUGACAUUUCUAGCGGACCUGGUACAAACCUGCUGCAAGGUCUUCCAGAUCAGCAAAAGUAUCCUGAUUGGUUCAAGGAAUGACCAGAACCUGCUGGGGGCUUGGUGGUUUUCCUGUUACUAUACAUUCAACGCAGCCCUUGCGGUAUUAGGCGUACUCCUAGUAAAACGAAUACCCACGCCCACACCCACGGAAUCAGGGGAGCCCCUCUCCGCACUCUCCACAGCUGAACUCCGAGUCCUGCUCGACACAGCCAUGGAAGUCCUCACCGGGCUUGACCAGGGUAGCAGAACUCUCAUGAGGUGCCGAAAUACUCUGGGCCGGCUUCUCGCGGCGAUUCACUUAGACGGGAACACAGAGGCCUUUACACAAGAGUCGUUAUCGCUAUCGCCAUCUAGCGCAUGGACAUGGGACCUCAUGGACCCGGGUUUGUUUAGUUCGGAGGCCUCGCUGGGUCUUGCCAUGGGGGCCUCUGCUAUCGGGUAUGGCUCCCAGAUGCCGGAUGGGAUGCAGAAUGCGACUGAGACUUGGGAUCUGGCUCGGAGUUAUGAUUCUGUUGCGUGA